GCCAACGUGGAAGUUAUUUGUAAACACAACCGUUUCACCGCGCGCGCGCAAACAAGGUAACUAUAGCUCUACGAGUGAGUGACCAUCAACUCAUAAAAGUUCUCUUCACAGAAUUUCGAACAAAUUCGCAAUGUCUGCUACCAAAGCCGGCGUGUCCAGGAAGCGAGAAUCUGAACUCGAACUCACAAAAUCUGAUAAUAAGAAGACUAACCGUUCAUCCACCAAGAAUUUUGAUCUCGAUUUCGAUUUCGAUCUCUCCGAUGACUUAAAAGGAAUCGUGUCGGCGCUGCACCUGAUAAGAGAUAAGGCGCAGAAGGACGACCAGAAGAAGAACGAAGAGACUAUUUCUAGUGUUGCCUCUGAGAUUAAGUCUACGAUCGAGGGAUUGAGAACCAAAUUUGAGAAAGAAAGACAAACUUUUGCUAAGGCGCUUUCAAAGAGUUCUAAAGAGUUUGAAAGUUCCUUGAAGAAUGAAACUACUAAGUUUCAAGCACUUCAUGAUAAUUUUUACAAAGAGAAAGCAAAUUCUCUGCAAGCCUUGCAAGAUAUUAUCUCCAAAUUUGAAGACGAAAAGGAAAAGCUAUUCAUGAGAUAUGAACAACUGAGGAAGAAGGAAAAAACUAUGAUAUCUGAACAAGAGAAGACCUGCAAUGAUAAAAUUACCCAACUCGAAGGGUCAUUGAAAAAGAAAAAGAAGGAUGAUAAAACUUUCAGCAUUCUAAGGAAAACCCUUGGUUCAUUCUUGGAAAGUACCUCAGAUGAGGAUUUCCCACCUGACGAUUGAAGAUGCAUGCAGUAGACUGAGAUAUUUUGAUUCAGUUACAGUUACUGGUUCUAAUCAUUUCACUGGAAUAUGUUAUCAUAGAUGAUUUCGAGACUGAUGACUCUCUUUGCAUAAUUCCACUUAUAUUUUAAUCCUUUAUUACAAUCGGCUUUUGAAAAUAUACAAUACAAAUUCGGUGCUAUAUGUUGUGAUAUUAAGAAAUCCCUUUAUGUGGUUAUAUUAAGAAAUCUAUUUAUCUGGUUUUAAUGCUU